UUUCUGCUCUCAAUCGCGUUUGCAAGAAACAGUCUUGACCAUUCUCUUUAUCUGCAGGUUUUCUCAAUGAACCUUUCUGCUCCAUUUAUCUGUGAAUUUUUCAAGGAUGCUCAGGAGAAAGUUUUGCCGUAUAUGGACUUUGUUUUUGGAAAUGAGACGGAAGCUAGAACCUUUUCAAAAGUCCAUGGCUGGGAGACUGAUGAUGUCGAGCAAAUAGCUCUAAAGAUCGCCCAGUGGCCCAAAGCAUCAGGAACACACAAGAGGAUUACUGUUAUUACUCAAGGUGCAGAUCCCGUAGUUGUUGCUGAGGAUGGGAAAGUGAAAAAGUUCCCAGUCAUAAGGUUGCCCAAAGAAAAACUGGUUGAUACCAACGGAGCAGGGGAUGCGUUUGUUGGAGGUUUUCUAUCUCAGUUAGUUCUAGAGAAACCAAUCGAAGACUGUGUGAAAGCGGGAAACUAUGCCGCGAAUGUUGUCAUCCAAAGGUCUGGCUGCACCUACCCAGAGAAGCCUGAUUUCAAUUAAGCCAUUCCUUUUGUGUCUGUCUCUACUUCCUAUGUGUUAUUUAAAAUUUUGAUUGUUUUGAAGUCUAUUGCUAGUAUUCUAUCUUUGUAUUUGCUUAUUAAUUAUUAUAGUCAUUUGGAUGAAUGAUGCAUCCGGAAAUUUCCCACUAAACCUAGUUAUUUGGUAUGGGAUUUUUAACCCCCAACCCUUUCUUUUAACAA